ACAGAGAAAUCCUCCGCCUGCAGCCGCAGGUUUCUUAAAGGCGCAGCCGCGCGGAGCCCCGUUGUUGUGUCUCCCGAGAAGAGCGUUGCAAAAGGGCAGAGGCGGGGAGCUGGCAAGGCGAGAAGGAGAACGUGGAAGAGGAAGAGGCGAAGAGAAGCCUGCAUCCGAUCCCUUGUUGCUGGGCUUUUCCUUCCUCCUUUCGCAAACCGGUUGGGCAAAAGGCAGCAACAGAAGAAGCCACGGCGGAGUUGCCUCAGACGAAGAAAGCAGCGGCGGCCCUUGCUUGCUUGCUCGCUCGCUCGUUUCCUUCCUUCUCCAGCGCGCGGGGACGGGUGGAGAGCGGAGAGCGGCGGCCACGAAGAGCCCCGGACGGAGAGGAGUGGGCGGUGUCCCGCUUCAGGAGCCGGGCGGUGACGGAAGUGCUCCCCACCGCGCCUACAGAAGAGACCGCAGCCCGGUCCUCUCCUGCGCUAUAGCUCGCCACGGUGCCCUGCAGAAAACGAGAGGAGGCAGCCGCCGCCGCCGCCGCAAAUCGCGGGGAAGGGGACGUCUCGAUCUCCCUGCUGGAGUCGCAUAGCCGGGCGGGCUUGGCGAACCUGGCCAUGGCGGCGAUCCGCAAGAAGCUGGUGGUGGUUGGGGACGGGGCGUGCGGCAAGACGUGCCUGCUGAUCGUCUUCAGCAAGGACGAGUUCCCGGAGGUCUACGUGCCCACCGUCUUCGAGAACUACGUGGCUGACAUCGAGGUGGACGGCAAGCAGGUGGAACUGGCGCUCUGGGACACAGCCGGCCAGGAAGACUACGACCGCCUGCGCCCGCUCUCCUACCCGGACACCGACGUGAUCCUCAUGUGCUUCUCGGUGGACAGCCCGGACUCCUUGGAGAACAUCCCGGAGAAGUGGGUGCCCGAGGUCAAGCACUUCUGCCCCAACGUGCCUAUCAUCCUCGUAGCCAACAAGAAGGAUUUGCGCAACGACGAGCACGUCCGCAACGAGCUGGCUCGCAUGAAGCAGGAGCCCGUGCGCACCGAGGACGGCCGAGCCAUGGCCCUCCGCAUCCAAGCGUACGAUUACCUCGAGUGCUCGGCCAAGACGAAGGAAGGCGUGCGGGAGGUCUUCGAGACGGCCACGCGGGCCGCCUUGCAGAAGCGCUACGGCACCCAGAACGGCUGCAUCAACUGCUGCAAGGUGCUAUAAUAAGGCGGACCAGGGAGCGGGGCGGGGGUGGCGGAUUUGGAGGGACUGGGCUGGAUCGGAGAGCCUUCCGCGCGCAGAAACGAACAAGCGAGGGAGGGGGCGCUUGUCCAGCGGGGACGGGACGGGGGCUGUGUGUAUGUGAGUGUGGGACGCGGAGAGGCUGUGGGGAAGGGGCGGACCCCUUGCACACGCAUCGCCCCGUGUCAUCAGCCCAGCUCGCCCGUCCGAGGGCUACCGAGAGACCUGAAUGUAUCCGGCAAAGCCGAUCUCCCGCCUGCUUUCUUUCCUUGCUGGUGGGGGCUGCGAGUGUGCGUUGCCUUGCGGCUUCUUGCACCAAUCCAACCCGAAAGACGCUCCCUCGAUCUACUCUGGUGGCGGUUCUCGGACUCCUCCCACCGUAUCGUCGCGCUCCUUCGCCUCUGCGGCCUUGGACCGGCUGAAGGCGAUGCACCAAAGUCUACACAGAGACACUGGUGGAGAGAUUUGCUUUCCCUCAUCCUCCUCGGGGGUCCAGCCUUGCGCACAACCACCGGAACCCCCAUCCUGCUGUGAAUUCGAACUUUCCUGGAUGGUUUGAAAGGGGCGGGGCGUAUGUGGAGCUUCUCCGAGGGGGCGGGAGGUCUGCGGUUGUGUACAUGUAUAUAAAAUGUUCUCUUGCUCGAACUGGGAUAUUGCCAACGGUGUGGCCUAUUUAAACACUGGACCUUCCCCCCAGCCCUGCUUGGAGACUUUUAUCCAGUUAUGGGGGCGGGGGGGGAGCCCAACAUGGGGCUUCAUAUUUCCUGUGUCUUCAGUGCUGAAAAGUUUUUUUUUCCUUUUGCAGUGACUCUUCUAAAAAAAGAGAUUUGAAAUUCCUCGGGUUUCUGAGGAAUAGAGAAAGGGAGCAAGAGCUGGGUGGGGAAAGAAUAAAUUGGGUUGACAGUUUUCAUGAGUCUUGUGCCUGCUCUCUUUGGUCCCCCUUUUACUUUUUAUGGGAGGGGGGUGAGUAUGCCAAUGCUUCAGUUUGAUUUAUUUAAAUAAAUUAUCUACCUUUGCAAAAAAGAAUAGAAGAGAGAACUUAUUUUGCACAACUAGGGUGUUUUUAUUUGGACACUUUAUAUGCACUUGUAAUUGCGAUCUGACACUGUAACAUUACAAAAAAUCCUUAAAUCAGAGCCUCAUUUUGAGCACAAUUCAGUUAAGCACUUUCCAGUGGAACACUUCUCCAGUCCCCAUUGAUUUCCGAUUCUGAGCCUGUGAAAUCACUUUUGACAGUUGCUCAUCCAUGGACUUGAAAAGAGUUUCCUUUGGCUGAGUUGUGCCCUUUCUGUUUGAGUGAUUGACUCAAGAAGCAAAACCACUGAAAUUAUUUUGUUGCUGCCUCAACAAAAAAGUGGAAACACUGUCUCGCCCCAAGACACUUUUAUUUUUUGCUGGGGAUGAUGUUUGUUUGUCUUUUUCUGGGGGGGGGGGUCCUUUUUAUAGCAGUCUCUGGGCUCACCUAAAACAGUAGUACACUUAUUUUCACAGAUCAGCUUCUAGGCCCUUGUGAGAAGGUGCUCUUCUGUUUCAGAGAACUAGUUGACUUCCCCCACCUGCCCUCAUUACCAUUUUUUUUUUUUUGUAAACAAAGGUACUAAGUACUUUCUGUAAAAUGGCAACAACAACCCACAGUGCUAAAUUUACCUGGUAAAAGGCAAAAAGACAUGUGAAGUUUACAUAAAAUCAAAUAAGCUGUGUAUGCAGUUCUUGUUUUUGGAUAAAGUAUUAAAAGAUUCUAUGAUUACACUCAAAA